CCUCCAACCAACACGGAUACGGAAGCGGAAUGUGCGGGUUUAUAGCGUGUUGGUUGAUGUUUAGGGUCUAUUCAGACGUGCGAUUGAUAACUCAUAGGUGUACCUAAUUUUAAUUUCAUGUUGGUGAAACAUGUUCACCUAGCUAGUAUGCAAAACCCCGACAAUGUAUUAUACCAGAUCAACUCCUGUGGUCCUGACAGCGAUGGUGCAGCCCAGGGCGUACUGACGAAAGAAUCUUUGACACUAGUGGACUGUUGCAAAAUCCAAAGGGGGUGCAUUGAGGCUCUGCAUGCCCUUAACAUGGGGACUGCGAGGCCGGAAGACUGCCCCCAAACAGAAUCAACAAACAUCACUGUCAAACAGGUGGAAACUAUUGAACCAGUGCAUGAUGAAUUUAUCGUCAUAUUUCCACCUGUAGCUGUUGAUGUGGAGGUUGGAGACACAGCCACUUUUGGAGAACACCUAUCCAAUAUUUACAUGGGGGAUUAUGCCUCAGCGUCAAUUGACUUCAUACAAGAGAUUUCUGAAGAGGUUUCUGAAGCAACAAAGUUAAUAUCUGAUUUUGGAAAGUAUUCUGUUCAGUCAAAUGACUUGGAACCACAACAGGAAGAACAGACUGGAGAGGGCACUUACUCAGACGGAAAGAUUUCUUCUCAGGCACGGGGAAAUUGUGGACGAGGGAGAGGUUGUCCAAAUGAGCCUCCUGGCACUGGACGAGGAAGAGGUCGUCCAAAUGGGCCUCCCGGCCCUCAUCCGUGCAUGAACUGUCCAAUGACUUUCACUCAGUUGGCACACUUGAGGGCCCACGAGAGAACACACACUGGGGAGAGGCCUUAUGACUGCUCUGAGUGUGGGAAGCGGUUCACUCAGAUAGCUCACCUAAAAGUACACCAGAGAAUCCAUACCGGUGAGAAGCCGUACAGCUGCUCCACGUGUGGCAAAAGGUUUGCUCAAUUGGCAUCCUUGCAAGUUCACCAAAGGCGGCACACCGGAGAGAAACCUUUCCAGUGCAAUCAAUGUGACGCCAGUUUCUCUCAGUUAGCAAACUUACUAGCUCAUAAGGCAAAACAUAUUGGCGGAGUGCCUUACCCGUGCUCUGACUGUGGGAAGGUUUUCUCUACUGCAGGGAGUCUGAAGGUGCACCAGAGAGUACACACUGGUGACAAACCUUUCCAGUGUGGUGUCUGUUGUAAAUGUUUUACUCAAUUAGGAAACCUGAAAGCUCACAUAAAAAGACAUGAAAGAAAGGGGGAGACUUUGGCUCAGUCUGACUGAGAAAGGAGGAGUAGAAAUCCUGAAAAUACACCAGUAGAAAAUACUGGACAGAUACUUAAAAGCUUGUGUGGACAGAGGAAUGAAUUAGGACCCCUAAAUUAUGUCAAUACAAAACCAUAAGGGUUCCCUUUAAAUACUUGUGCAUCGCUUCUGCAUUUAUUUGUAGAUCAUUUUGGAUUGCAACUGUCACACAACUGAUUAAGCCAUCUUGUAUCAGCAAAUCGCUGCAUUAUCAAAUCUGCAUUCUCUGAAUGUAAUACAAAUAGAUUUUUAAAUAAAUUCCACUUCAAAUACCA